AUGGAGACAAUUGAGCAAGAGAAAAGAGAGCUUCGUGAGGACAUGAAUUCAUUAAAAAUAGGAAUGGAGAGAAUGACUACUCUGUUGGAAUCUUUUGUGGCAACUCAGAAUCAGCCUCCACCUCUGCUUCAGCCUCAAGUGAUUGUUAUCUCUGAUAUUACAACAGAUCCUGUUAUACCUGUUGUUGCUCCAGUUCAACCUGUAAUGGUCACCACUCCUCCAAUUGUGCAUGUUGUGCCACAAGUAGAGGAUCUUAUCUAUCACACUACUCCCAGUGAGAAUCCAGAUGUUCAUAAGAGAAUGGAUGGAUUCCAUGAUCAAUUUCAAGAAUUGCAGAAAGAGUUGAAAGCUAUGAAGGGGGGAGGGGGGGAGAGUCACUUGACUAUGUAUUGUCGGAAGAUGGCUACUCACACUGAUGAUAAUAAGUUGUUGAUCCAUUAUUUCGAAAAUAGUUUGACUGAUGCAACUUUAAUGUGGUAUAUGGGGCUGGAUAAUGCUCAUAUCAGUUGUUUUAAUGACCUUGUAGAAGCGUUUAUACGCCAGUACAGGUAUAAUUUGGACAUGGCUCUUGAUCGUGACCAACUUCAUGCCAUGUCACAAAAGGAUAAGGAAUUGUUCAAAGAGUAUGCUCAUAGAUGGCGUGAAGUUGCUGCUCAGAUUAACCCUUCGAUGGAGGAGAAGGAAAUGACAAAUAUGUUUCUCAAUACUUUGAGUUCUUUCUAUUAUGAGAGGAUGGUUUAUAUCGCUCUAAAUUAUUUCACUGAAAUGGUUGGUAUGGGAGUCAUAUUGGAAGAAGGUGUCAUAUAG